AUGGAGCCAGACCCUUCCAACGGUAUAAAAUCCUUGUCACCGUCUGACGCUUUAUUCACGUUAUUAAAAAGGCAAGCAAAAGAGUUUGAAACGUUUGGAAAACGUAUGAGUUUAGAUAUUCAAAACUCUUCAAAAUUUUAUAUUCAAGACCAAAUGAAACAUGAACUUGCCAAAACUUUGGAACUGGAUAAGAUUUUGGGGAAACAACAAGAACAGCUCGUAUGUCAAUCACAUCUUAUAGAUUCCCUUCGGUCACGUAUCAAGGAAUUAGAAAACGAGUCAAUUACAAAGUGUCGCGAAAUAAGGAGGCUCAAAGAUGAAUUCCUUGAUUUUAAAAAAGAAAUUAAAACGCUUCUUGGACUUGAUGAAACUUUAUCUGAAGAGUAUGAUAGUGAUGACUUUGAGUUUAUCCAUUCAGAUUCAAAAGAUACUGAUUCGAAAUCAAAUCAGAUCGUUGAUAUCAAAAAAGGGGACUUGACCGCGAUCACAGAUAAUAAUACACUGCCAAAUGAUAUCAAAGAUGAUGAUUUCAGUCAUGCAAAUCUGACCGCAUCCGCCGAUGAAAUUAAUGGUUCAAAUAUAAAAAGUGAUGAAAAGGUCUCGGUAUUAUUUGAUGAAUACUUUUAUAGCAAUGUGGAAUCACAUGGCGAAUCUUCAACUUCAGCGAUAUCACCUAAUAAUAAAUACAGCGAUAAUGAAAUGAUCGAUAAUUGUGAAAGAAAAUUAUCAUCAGCCGCGUCCAAGGGAAAAGGUAUUGAAUCCGAUAUCACGAUACCUGCUGAGGAUCAUGUUAAUAAAGAAGAUCAUCAGUUGGAAGACGAUUUGGAUGAGGAUAUCAAAUACAAUCCUCGGAACCACCCUUCACAUGAUCCCAAUCAGAAUUUGAAUGCAGCUCAGAAGCUUAGGGAUAUAUUACUUGAUCUCAAAGCUUCUGAACUAGAAAAUAAUGAACCAAAAAAUUUGCAAGAUGAUUUCAACUACGUUAAAAAGAAUUCCGCCUCCCAGCGAAAGGAAGUUACUUCUUGCCUCCCACCUAUUACGAUCGAUCCUCAAGUGGUGAAUGGACCAUCGUCUUCCCCCUCAGCUUUGAAGAAAAAGCCAACUUCAGAGUCACGUAAACAACCCACUAUAGUUGAAAAAAUUGAAGCUGACAUUCAAAGUACUAUCGUUCAAUUUCAAGAGAGGAAUGCAAAAAUCAAGCAAAAGACCUUCAACUAUCUAUUGAAUCAAUUUACCCUUGAGAGUUUGAUAAAAUAUCAAAGGACAAAUUAUUAUAAUGUUUUGGCGAGGGGUCCUAAAAGAUCCAUUAAAUUGAUGGUGAAAUCUGCUUUAAGAAGUGAAUUGUGCAACAGAGAUAAGCGUGUUACUCAACCUAUUGAAGAAUACGUUAAGAGAAAGAUCAUUCCCUCUUUACCGCCUGGAAUUAAAAGUUAUACUGAAUAUGAGAAGACAUGUCAUUUCGUUAAAUUAUCUGAUGAGAAAAAGAAGAGGAUCAAAAAAAUUAGCACAAUUGAGCCUAAAACUAAUGUUAGAAGGAACAUAAGUUUACCAGGAAAUAAUGAAGUAACUUCAAACAUAUUACAAGUUGUACAAAAACCUUCAGUAAAAUUAGGAAAAAGUUAUGAUUUUGCGACUGUUGAACAAGGAUGGUAUGAUUGGUGGGACCAAAAAGGAUUCUUUGGAUCAACAAAUUCGGAUGAUAGGAAUUCAGAAAAGUUUAUUAUGCUUUCGCCUCCCCCAAAUGUUACAGGAUCUUUACAUAUAGGACAUGCAUUGACGUUUAGUAUACAAGAUGCUUUAAGUAGAUGGUAUCGAAUGUCUGGAUAUCGAGUUUCUUGGAUACCUGGAACUGAUCAUGCUGGUAUUGGAACACAAUCUGUUGUUGAAAGAAAACUACUCAAAGAACAAAAUAUUACUCGUCAUGAUCUUGGAAGAGAGAAUUUUGUUAAAGAAAUUUGGAAUUGGCGCAAGCUACAUGGUGACAAAAUAAUUCAACAAUUGAGAUGUUUAGGAGCUUCAUUGGAUUGGGACAAUUUGUUUUUUACAAUGGACUCACCACGUUCACAAGCUGUAACAAAUGCAUUCAUUAGAUUAUAUAAUGAUGGAAUGAUUUAUCGGGACACUAGGCUGGUUAAUUGGUGUUGUGCUUUGGAAACUGUUAUUUCUGAUAUAGAAGUAGAUUAUGAAACUAUUUCCAAGCAAACGUUUUUGAGUCUACCCGGUAGAGUGGAAAAAGUUGAAUUUGGUGUUAUUCAUAAAUUCGCAUAUCCCAUCGCUGACAAUGGUUCAUCAGAUUUGAGAGAGUUGGUCGUUGCUACAACAAGAAUUGAAACAAUGUUGGGAGAUACUGCUGUAGCUGUACAUCCUGAUGAUCCUCGUUAUAAGAGUUUGCAUGGAAAAUAUGUUAUGCAUCCUUUACUUAAUAAAAGAAUACCGAUUGUGUGUGAUCCUGAACUUGUUGAUAUGGAAUUUGGAACAGGUGCCGUGAAGGUGACACCUGGGCAUGAUACAAAUGAUUUCGCUUGUGCACGUAGGCAUCAAUUACCUAUAAUAAAUAUUUUUAAUAAGAAUGGCACAUUGAAUGAUAAUUGCGGAAUAAUUAGUUUGAUUAACAAUGAUAGAUUUGAUGUACGAAAUAUUAUUGUGGAUAAAUUACAGUCUUUGGGCUAUUAUCGUGGAAAAGAUACAAAUCAUGAGAUGAGAGUUGCUAUAUGUUCUCGAUCUGGAGAUGUAAUUGAGCAAUUAUUGCAACCUCAAUGGUAUUUACGGUGUAAAGAUAUGGCUCAGAGAGCUUUACAGGAUGUUGAAAAUGGAAAUAUUGUUAUUAAACCUAGUCAUCAUAUCGAAGAAUGGAAUAGAUGGUUAGGGAAUAUACAGGAUUGGUGCAUAUCAAGACAAUUGUGGUGGGGCCAUUCUGUUCCUGCAUAUCAUUUAUCAUAUGAAGGUCAAACAUCUGGUAAUGGAUUAUGGUUUGUGGCAGCUUCAAUGAAUGAGGCUGAUCAGCUCGUUAAAGAAUAUUUUAGGCAGAAUAAUAUUUCAUUACAAACCAAUUAUACUUUAAAACGAGAUGAUGAUGUAUUGGAUACUUGGUUUUCGUCGGCUUUAUUACCUUUAUCUGCUUUAAAAUGGAAUGGGGGUCAUGAAAUUCCUAUGAAUUAUCCUACAACUAUGAUUGAAACAGGAUUUGAUAUUUUGUUCUUUUGGGUAUCUAGAAUGACCAUGCUCUGUACUUAUUUUUCUGGAAAACCGCCUUUUAAGAAUAUUUUAUUGCAUGCAAUGGUUCGAGAUUCACAGGGACGUAAAAUGUCAAAAUCACUUGGAAACGUAAUAGAUCCAUUACAUGUAAUUUAUGGUAUAACAUCAAAAGAAAUGCAACAAAGUUUAUGUGAUAGUAACCUUACUAAAAGUGAGAUAAAAAAGAGUGCUUCAUCGUUAUCUAAAGAAUUUCCGGAAGGUAUUAAGGCAUGCGGAACCGAUUCUUUGAGAUUCAGUUUGGUAUCGUAUACCCAACAAACACGACAAAUUAAUUUAGACAUAUCAAAUGUUGUGUCAUCAAGAAAUUUUUGUAACAAAAUAUGGAAUCUAUUUAAGUUCGCACAUGAUAGAUUUGACUCGUUGAAUCAUGUUGUAUCGCUACACAAGACAGCAUCGGCCUCCUCAUUAUGUGCAUAUACUGAACAUUUAUCACUAGUGGAUAGAUACAUACUAUCUAAAAUGGCCAAUACCAUAGUAUAUGCCCAAAAUGGAUUUCAAAAGAUGGCGCUACAUGAAGUAACUGAUACUCUUCGAAAUUUUAUUGUCGGGAACUUGUGCGGCGUUUAUUUGGAAUUCGUUAAACCUGUUUUAUAUGGGAAUCAAGGAGAUGUCGAUUAUAAAGCGCAAAAAGCUGCGUUAAGAGUCUUUGAAAUAUGUUUGGAUAAUUCCUUAAGAUUGCUUCAUCCUUUUAUGCCAUUUAUUACUGAGGAAUUAUGGCAAAGUCUUUUAAAUCGAUCAGAGAAUAAAUUUUUACCAGAAUCAAUUAUGUUGGCCGAAUAUCCAAAAAUCGCGGACUUUAGUAUGUGGCAAGAUAGUAAAGUUGAACAUGAUAUGCAGGUCGUUUUAAAUAUCAUCCAUGCUUCACGCUCUUUAAGACAAGAGAAUAAUAUACCAUCAAAAUCUUUACCUUUUAUAAUAUGGACAAGUGAUCAAGAAUUGAUAAAUGAUCAAGGUCCAAUCAAGAAGAAUUUUAAAGAUAUACAAAAAUUCAUUAAGGCCUCUGAACUUAAAAUUAUUGAUUCACAGGAUGAUAGUUCAUUAAAUAAUUCGGCGGUUAGUUUCGUAACGUCAAACCUUAAAGUAUACGUACCAAUGUCCUCAAUAUAUGAAAUUUUCUUGAAGGAAAAUAAUAUAAGUAAAGAUGACAAAUUAAAAGAAUUGAAUAGAAAGUUGGAUAAAGUUAUACUAGAGUUGGGUCUCUUGAAAAAUCGAAUGGAAAAACCUGAAUACGAAAGUAAAGCCCCCGCUUCUGCUAAAAAGAUAGAUAG